AUGGCUUCUAAGUUUCCGAGAGCCGACCACUUAACCAAUGAGGAAGUGGAUUACGAGCUCAUAAUCCGUGGUAAGGUUGAGGAAACAAAAAAUGAUUCGGAAGCCAAAUACCGACUGUUACGAAACCUUUUUUACGAAGAUGUGAGGGAAAAUCGGGAUUAUCCGUCGCGGUUUACUAUCGAACAAGAGUUCGAUCGCGUGUCAAGUAUAAUCGAUGUUUUGAGAGGGAAGUUGGAGAAAGGUCCAGAUGAAAGGUGCAUUUCCCGAUUAAAACAUUACGCGCUUAGGGUCGCCCGAAGCAUAGCUGAGGAUCCUGGAUCCGAAGCCAUGCGUAAAGAACUGAUAAGGGAAAUUCGAAGUGUGUUGAACAGAUUUAGUGGGAAGAAGGGUUCCGAAGAUUCUCACUCAGGAGAAGUUGUCGACAAUCAGCAAAAGUCAUUGGAGUCAGGGAAUGAUGAUAGGAAAGACGAGGAGCACAGAGACGACGGACAAGAACGCGAAGACAGGUCGUCUGAUGAGCAUUCGAAGCGAUCCCUUGGAGCUAUUCCCAAAACGGCAAAUGAGGAACAACUACGGAGGGAAAACCAACUUAACGACGAGAACAGAAUGCUGAGAAUGCAAGUGGCUGAGUUGAGGCGAGAAUUGGCAGAAUUUAGACUGGCAACCCAGAUACCGGAUCCGACGAGGUUCGUCAACCCUUCCAAUCGAGGGCUUCAAGUUCCUGAGCUGAUGAGUAGGGUGGAGUUCGACAGAGAAGCGCAACCGACACCGUACAACCGAGUCAACCGUCCAGAAACCGAACGCAGGCUGAGAGAAGAGGUACCACAACGACGAUAUAGCGGCAUUCCACAGACGAGACAGGAUGAGUCCGAUAGGGGACGAGCGAUUCGAAGGGAAUCAGUCGAACGACGGAUGGAGACAGCAAGCGACCGUUCCUACUACGAUACACGAGACGGUCAGGAGCAAGCGCGACGGUUGAGCAGAAUGUAUAAUAUGGAGACGAGAAUAGCUGAACGGGAGGAUCCAGCUGAUAGACGGUGGAGCGACAGACGGAGUUUUUCUCAGUGGGCUAGUCGAGGUAAUCCCACCGGUGGCCUGCAUCGAAGGCAGAGUGCAGUAAUCCUGCAGAGUAGCGAGGACGAAGAUGAGUAUGACGCUGAGCAGUUUCGUCCAAGACGUCGUGUGCAUCGACGAAUCGCGGAUCGUGAGAUUCAGGACGCAGACCGGCGUAUGGAGAAAUGGCAUCUAACUUUUAGUGGCAACCCCCGCCAUCGAUCGUUAGAAGAUUUUCUCCAUAAGAUUCGUAGGCUAGCGCGAAUGGACCGGAUCGCAGAUGACAUCCUGUUGCAGCGGGUGCAUACCAUAUUGCGAGGAGAUGCCUACGAUUGGUACUUGUGCUACGCUGACGAGUUCCUAGAUUGGCAGGACUUCGAGGAGAAAAUCCGCUACAUGUACGGCAACCCGAACAAGGACCAGGGAAAUCGUCAGAAAAUUUACGAGCGGAAACAACUUAGGAACGAGCCGUUCUUGACGUUUAAGACGGAGAUAGAGAGGUUGAACAAGCUUCUAUCAUCACCACUUGAUCAGGAAAGGGUGUUUGAAGUCAUUUGGGACAACAUGCGUCCACACUACCGUUCCAAACUGGCGUGCAGAACUGUACGAGAUUUGCGCAAGCUCGAAUACUAUGCGUACCGUAUCGAUGCGAACGAUCCGGCACUCAGACAGUGUCGAGAAGGACCGACACGUAACACGACGGGUCUACACAACAUCGAGGCUGAAGAGUCGACGGGAUCCUAUUCCGAAGCAGAAGAGGUGAACGCGUUAGGAAAGAGGUUCGAUGGUGAUCGGCGGGCAAAGGAGCAGUCCAAAUCAGUAACGCGUGCUCAACAACCCAGUACCACGCCGGCAGUCGAACAGACAAAUGGUCCCCUUUGCUGGAAUUGCCGCCAAACGGGACAUAUUUGGCGAAACUGUAGACACGAAAAGCAGUUGUUCUGCUACAUCUGCGGAACACCCGGUAAGACGACGGUGACCUGUCAGGAAUGCGGAGUAGGGAACAACAGCAUUCCGCCGACGAACGAUGUUCCCAGUCCUAGUCCGUUUGAGGACCCGUUUCUGAAGGUGUGUGAAGUAAGGGUCCACACCGAGAGCAGCCCUCACAUAACCGUGAAGAUUUUUGACACCGAAUACGACGCUUUACUCGACUCUGGCGCAAGUGUCAGUGUAACGAGUAUGACCGAUAUUGCCAAGAGGUAUGGUUUGACGAUGCAGCGUAGCCCACUGAAGAUUGUCACGGCCGAUAAAACUGUACAUGAAUGUCUCGGAUUCGUACAGCUACCGAUGAUAUUCAAGGGAAUGACCAGAGUGAUUCCGACGCUAGUGGUGCCGCAAAUUUGUAGAGACCUGAUCCUGGGAUACAACUUCUGGAAAUCGUUCGGAAUCGAGCCGAUGAUUGAGGGAGACCACGGAUUCGAACGAGUGGCCACUGUUGAGACCACUUCAACGGGAUAUGGAAAGGUGGAUACGAUCCAAUUCACCUUGCUGCCGAUCGAGACGCUACCCGCGUUGAAGAAUGUUGACCCUGAUGCGACGUUGGAUAUUCCGGCUCUAGAGCUACCGGAACCAUCAAAAACGACUCCGGAGACGGUAGAAACGGAACACGAUCUGACACCCGUUGAACGCAAGGAGCUGAUUGAAGCAAUCAAGCAAUUUCCAUGCACAACAGCAAAUAAGUUGGGUAGGACCUCGUUGUUGCAACACGAGAUUCGGUUGACCGAAGAAGCGAAACCGAGAAGACAACCAUGGUAUCGGUGUUCACCAGCAGUACAAGCGGAAAUGGAAGCUGAGAUUGAACGAUACAAGCAGAUGGAUGCUAUCGAAGAGUGUUCGAGCGAGUGGGCCAGCGCUUUAGUACCAGUUCGGAAAGCGAAUGGUAAACUACGAGUCUGUCUGGACUCUCGCAAGAUAAACGCCUGGACUAAGAAAGACUCGUACCCGAUGAGGAAUAUGGGAGAGAUCUUUCAUCGUUUAGGGAAGGCGAAGUAUUAUUCGGUAGUGGAUUUGAAGGAUGCCUAUUUCCAGAUUCCUCUAAAGGAAGAAUCAAGGGACUAUACGGCAUUCCGCACACCGCAAGGCUUGUUUCGGUUCAAAGUUUGUCCGUUUGGUUUAACAAACGCACCGUUCACGAUGUGCCGGCUUAUGGACCGGGUAAUCGGAUUCGAUCUCGAACCAAACGUUUUCGUCUACCUGGACGAUAUCGUGAUAGCGACGAAUUCGUUCAGUGAGCACGUGAGACUACUGAAAAUAGUAGCAGAACGUUUGGCAAAGGCAAAUCUGACGAUAUCGCUUGAUAAGAGUCGAUUUUGCAGGAAGCAGGUGACAUAUCUCGGGUACCUGCUAACGGAGAGAGGAGUAUCCAUUGACAAUGCACGGAUUUCGCCAAUCCUCGACUAUGCUCGUCCGAAGAACGUGAAGGAUAUUCGGCGACUUCUCGGUUUGGCAGGGUUUUACCAGCGCUUCAUACGUGACUACAGUCGCAUCGUAGCUCCGAUAUCCGACCUGCUAAAAAAAUCGAAAGCUAAGUUUGUGUGGACGGAAGCAGCAGAGAUAGCGUUUGGAGAGCUAAAAGCAGCUUUGGUGUCGGCACCGAUUCUGGGGAAUCCAGACUUCGAAAAACCGUUCACGAUCGAAUCUGAUGCGUCGGAUAACGCGGUUGGUGCAGCACUGAUACAGCACGUUGAUGAUCAGCCGAGAGUGAUCGCAUACUUCAGCAAGAAGCUGAGUAGCACGCAACGGAAGUACGCCAGCGUAGAGAAAGAAUGCUUGGGUGUGUUGCUAGCAAUUGAGCAUUUCCGCCACUACGUUGAGGGUUCUCGCUUCAAGGUGGUCACCGACGCACGUAGUUUGCUGUGGUUGUUCACGAUCGGGGUGGAAUCGGGCAAUUCGAAGUUGCUAAGGUGGGCUUUGAAGAUUCAGUCCUACGAUAUCGAACUGGAAUACCGGAAGGGAAAGAAUAAUAUACUGGCUGAUUGCUUGUCGAGGUCAGUGGAGACGAUAUUUACUCUGACCGCCGAUGUCGAGCAUCAGGAAUUAGCGGCGAAAAUCCAGAAAGACCCAGCGAGUUUCCCGGAUUUCAGGGUGAUAGAUGGACUGAUCUUGAAGUACGUCAAAGGGGACAAAAAAGUGGAAGAUGCACGAUUCCAGUGGAAGAGAUACCCGUCGAAGGUAGAGCGGAAGGAAAUCGUCCAGGAAAUUCACGAUCGAGCUCAUCUCGGUCCGGAGAAGACACUAGCAGCGGUGAAGGAGCGCUAUUUCUGGCCACGAAUGAGCAGCGAAGUGAAAAGGCAAUGUCAGGCGUGCCUUGCAUGCCAAACUAGUAAAGCGACAAACCAGAAUACGACCGCGCCGAUGGCAGAGCAGAAGAAGUUGGCUCAGUAUCCCUGGCAGUUCUUGGCUAUGGACUAUGUCGGUCCACUUCCAGCUUCUGGCAGAGGCCGAAGUACUUGUCUCCUCGUCGUAACUGAUCUCUUCAGCAAGUUUGUGCUGGUGCAGCCUUUUAGGCAAGCGACCGCGGAAACGUUGGUACAAUUUGUGGAAAACAUCAUCUUCCUGCUGUUCGGUGUUCCGGAAGUGAUCCUGUCGGACAAUGGGACACAGUUUACUUCAGCGAUGUUCCAAAGUCUGCUAGCGAAGUAUAACGUGACGCACUGGAGAACUCCGAACUACCAUCCUCAGGUAAACGAUACGGAACGAGUCAACCGUGUAAUCACGACAGCAAUACGAGCCUCAAUCCGGAAAGACCACAAAGAAUGGGCCAAUAACUUACAACAGAUAGCCAAUGCCGUGCGCAACUCAGUUCACGAUGCAACUCGCUACACUCCGUACUUCGUUAUGUUCGGCCGGAAUAUGGUUUCCGACGGUAGGGAAUAUCGCUAUCUGAGGGAUUCGCAAACGACCAACGAUGGUCAGCUGAAGAACGAGGAAAGGGAGAAAAUGCUCGAAGAGGUUCGGGAGAACUUGAAAGCGGCGUAUAGCAAACACUCGUCCUACUAUAAUCUUCGCUCCAAUGCCAAUUGUCCAACUUACUCUGUGGGUGAGAAGGUUCUGAAGAAAAACAUGGAACAAUCGGACAAAGGCAAGGGAUUUUCUGCAAAGCUGGCCCCCAAGUAUGUGCCAGCCGUAGUGAAAAGGGUAGUAGGAACCCACUGUUAUGACCUUGAGGACUUGAAGGGGAAGAGACUGGGAAUUUUCAACUGCAAGUUUCUCAAGAAACUCACCCUUUCAAGUUCAGCUUUAACAUCGAUCACUGGUUGA